AUGGGGGCAGCGGCGGCCCUGCCCUUGGCCGGAGCAUCCAAGGAUGCUGAGCUCUCCGAGUAUUUCAAGGAGAAGUAUUUGAAGGGUGAGCUCUUCGAGGGAAUCAAGUACACCAAGAACUCUAUCAGCCGAAUCCGCACCUACAUGUUCAAGGGCAGGGACGGAGACACCCAGGUCUGGCGGCAUGCGUUCGACCUGCGGGCGUUUGGUGGCCACGAAGGUGAGGACCUCAUUAUCCUUUACCAUUACACCAAUGAGCUCGGCUUCAGGAAUGUCGGCGACCUGAAGCAGUCCGCAGCCCAGCUCUUUGCCUCGCUGGCAGACGACCGGGCCCAUUUCGGGCAAGGGGUCUACACCACGCAGCACGAGCCCGCCGAGCGCGGCAAGGUGUCAGAGUGA